UAACCCAUGAGUCGUACUUUGGAAAUUUAUAUUCAUUAAAUAAAAGAUAAAAAAAAAUAGUCAUCCAUUGAAUUAUAACCAUUGCAUUGGGUGUACGAGCCAGGAAACUUUGGAGAAAGAGGGCACUUAGUGGAUUGGAAGUAUUUGGCUAGCAGGAGUAAACUGGGCCUGUCUUGUCCAAACUGAGAACUUUGCCCACUUAUAGCAUUAUAAGGCUUGCCAAAGAAUGGAUGUUAUAGACAGGAAAAUGAAAUAAAGAGCUGUACCUUUUUAUUUAAUAUUGAAGAGAAUUGUUGUUGGAUCUGGGAUCUGAUUUUGCCUUACUUAAAAACAGAUGUUAGUUUAUUGCUGUUUCAUCAUGCCAGCAGAAGACAGGAGACUCUUGGGUCGGAAGAAAAGGGGUUUUGAUUCUCAGCACGACAAGUAGACAAGUAGCCUGAGUAUUGGUUUGUUUCAGUUUCCCAUGCCCUGUAAAGGAUGCAGAAUGGUUUGACAUGGACCAGGUGGGUGCUCUACACACAGUGGGGUUGCAUCAUAGCUGAGGGGCCUCUAAUACUUUUAUAGAAAGUAGUAAAAAAAAAAAUCUAGAAUUUGGGGCCGGCAGUGUGAUAUAGUGGGUAAAGCCACUGCCUGCAGUGCUGUCAUCCCUUAUGGGUGCCAGUUCAAGUCCUGGCUGCUCCACUUCUAAUCUAGCUCUCUGCUGUGGCCUGGGAAAGCAGUAGAAGAUGGCCCAAGUCCUUGGGCUCAAGCACCUGUGUGAGAGACUGGGAGGAAGCUUCUGACUCCUGGCUUCAGAUCUGCCUAGAGCUGGCUGUUGCAGCCAUUUGGGGAGUGAACCAGUGGAUGAAAGACUCUCUCUCUCUCUCUCUCUCUCACUCUCUCUCUCUCUCUCUCUGCCUCUCUGUAACUACCUCUCAAAUAGAAAAGUAAAAAUCUUUAAAAAAAAAAAAGCCCUAGAAUUUGCUGGGGAGGGGAUGGAGAAAGGAGGGGAGACACAAACAUCUCUUAAGGUUACAGUUGCAUAAACACAGUAGGAAAUGGCCUGGGUAAAAGGGCAGCCAAGGCCUUACAGUCUUGUUGUGCCUAGCAAGAUGUGUAGGAGUGCAAAGGCCUGGAGUCCUGUUUCUUCAGAAAGUGCUGGGUUGUCAACUGUGCUGUUUUUUUGGUUUCAGGCUUCUGCUUAAUGCAUCAAAUUUGAGGGUGAAGAACACUGAUGGGGGAGGCUUGUGGGAUCUCAGAGUGCUUCUUAAUUGGUGAUAUUGAUAAGCUCCUAGAAAUGGAGCCAGGAAUUAAAAAGAAAUUCCUUCUGGUGUUUGGAAACCAAGCAUGAGACCCAGUUAUUAGGCUUUCUGCUUCAUUGUAGUUAGCCAUGUAUUUUCUCAAUCUCGGUUCAGUGACCCCUUCAUUUGAGCUGAGUUAGGAAAGUGCUGAGUACCAUUUGCUGUGACCAGGCAUCAGUAGUCUUGCCUCAGCAGUGCAGUCACCUGGUGAGGUGGGGAAUGUGAGUGAGGCUGUUUCUGGAAGUUAGACUCUGCCUUGGUGGUGGGUUUGGAUGAACAUUCCGAGGGUUAUUUGCAGGAGACUUAGCUCUCCUUGAGAUUGUGAGAUGCUUCAUGCUCCGUUUGUGUCCCUCCUUCCCAGUGUGGGGCUGGGCUGCUUUGGGUACUUGGUAACCUUGAGUCUCCAAGAAGCUCUUCCCACAGGGUUAAUGUACUAGAUAACAGGCCAUGGUUCUUUACCCUCAUCAAAAUGUUGAUACUCUCAACUUUGUUCUUGGUCUUCUGGUUGCUCAGAUAAAAUUCAUGGUGUAAGCCAGGAAGUGGUACACUGGUGGCCAAUCCUGGCCAAUCCUGGUUGUUUCUCUGGCACAUGACCAUGUCCAUUUGUUUUCACUUUGUGGUUCCUUUCUUGCUGAAGUAGUUGCAGCAAGGAAUGUGUGGCCCUCAGAACCUAAAUAUUUACUGUCUGAUUUUUCCAUAGAAGGCCUCUGACCCCAGUCUAGGUUAAUACAGGGGCUAGACAGCACACUUUUUGGUGUGCAUGGGCCUGGUUAAUGAGCAUCUGCCACAAUGCAAAGCUCAUGGAAGACUCAAGCCACGUUUAUAAAGGAAGAGCGAUGUACUGAUGAAAUGCUGGUGAGAGAGAUGAAAUGCUGGCUGGUCCCCAGUCGUGUGAGCCCACACAUCUUUUUUUUAUUUUUUUAUUUUUUGACAGGCAGAAUGGACAGUGAGAGAGAGAGACAGAGAGAAAGGUCUUCCUUUUUGCCGUUGGUUCAUCCUCCAAUGGCUGCCGCGGCCGGCGCACUGUAGCCGGCGCACCGAGCUGAUCCUAUGGCAGGAGCCGGGUACUUGUCCUGGUCUCCCAUGGGGUGCAGGGCCCAAGUACUUGGGCCAUCCUCCACUGCACUCCCUGGCCACAACAGAGAGCUGGCCUGGAAGAGGGGCAACCGGGACAGAAUCCGACGCCCCGACCGGGACUAGAACCCGGUGUGCCUGCGCCACAAGGCGGAGGAUUAGCCUAGUGAGCCGCGGCGCUGGCCCCACACAUCUUAAGAGUGGCUUUUUAUGGGGAGUCCAUUAAGACUCACCUGGGGCCAGUGUGUUAUGGGCUUCUGGGGAGGUUUUAUCAGAUAGACCUCCAGCCUAUUCCUGAAUCUUCCUGAAUGUCCUGUCCAGCACCCAGGGCAUCGCACAACAACUUCACUUAACUGACUUGCUGUGUUUUGGCCACUAUUAGUGGAUGUGAUUCUGCUGCCCAUGUGCCUGCUGGGAGUGUGAGGCAAGUGUUCACAUAUGCUGCUGUCUUGCUCCUUGCCUGUGCUGGAGGGGAGGCACAACUUACUACAGCAGCCCUAGACCUGGGCUUGCUCUUCCAUCUGGUGUUCCUCUCAAGACCCAGCAGUGUCUCCCCCUGCUGGAGGAAAGGAUGGUUUUGCUGCCCAGUUAGAGGCUGACUAUCAUUUUCCCAAUCAGAUUGUGACUGUACACACAGUCCCCAACUUAGAGUGUGGGAAAUGAUUUGCUCUCACUUAAAACCUGUACUUGGAGUUGUGAAUUCAGCUCUUUUCUCUGGGCUAGUGCUGGGUGGUGCCACCCUCUCUCGUGACAGCCUCACCGUCAUGAGAAAGCCGCUGAUGCUCCCGCGCACUGUGCUGCUAAGCUAGCACAAUUAGGUCAGAUGCACUACUUGUGUUGUUCACUUAAGCCAUUUGCAGUUUAUAGUGGGUUUCUCAGGAUACAAUUCACUGUAGGCCAAGGAGCAAUUGUAUGUGAUUUUGUCUUUCACAUGAGGACAUUAGAACCCAACUUCCCUGAAACUCAUGGAUCCCCUGUGUUAAUUGGGUGCAUCAAAUUUGUGUGUUACCCACCAGGCACUGUCUAGGAUGCAUAAGAAAGAGGUGAAGCCAAGUAACUCCUCCCACCCCUGCCACACUUAGUCCUUUCCAUCACCCCUGUGUCCAGGAGUCAGCCUGUCUUUAUAAUGUGUUUUCUUCUUUCUCUCCAGAUACUGCUUGUUAUUUUCCACCUGGACUAUUGUAACAAAUCUUCAUCUGGACUCUUGGUUCUCAUCCUGUGUGUGUCAUCGCCAUGCUUUCCCAUUUGUGACCAAAUUCAGCUGUGUUCUUUCUGCUUGGCUUUCAGAGUAUCCUCUGAAGCCUUCCCAAGCAGCAUUUUUUCCUGUUUCUCCCUGUAAUACCUCACCUGCGGUGUGCCUGGGCCCUCUGCUGUUGCUGAGUCACAACUGCUUGUGUUGUUUCCCUGGUCUAGCAUGACCCUGUCUAAACAGCCUCAGUCUUCUAAUUUAGGACUUCUCAAUCUCAGCACUAUUGCCAUUUUUGGACCAGAUAAUUCUUUGUUGUGGAGGUUGUGCUGUGCUUUGUAGUUUAUUUAGCAGAAGCUUGGGCUUCUACUCACUGCAUGCUAGAGGUACUGCUCCCCACCCAGGCCCCCAAAGAAAGACCAAAUCCUUCACUUGCAGUCUACUUUAUUGUGGUAUUUGAUGUGAGUGCCUCAUAGCAUAUUAUCAGAUAAUGAUUUUUACACAUACUGUCAACUUCUCUCUUUUACUUUGUGGGUUUUUCAGAACCACUGUUUUCAAACUGUGUGUUGAGAACACUGUCAUUGCUACCGCCACAGAGCUUCUCUGUCAGCUAUGGUGCUCACUCACUUUCUCUACCAUGGGCCACUGUAGGGUUUGCCCAUGCCGUAUGCUGGCCUUUUAAUUAGACAGUAUUGUUUACCAGUCAUUUUAAGUGUUGAUGUGAUAGUAUUAUAGGCUCUUAAAAGUCAGGGGUCAUUUCCCAUACUAUUUUUGUGUCUCUUAAACUUUAUGUGCGUGUGUGUGUUUCUUAAACUUUCCACUCUAUUUUCUCAUCUGCAAACUGGUGAUUGUAUCUAGAUCCGGGUUGUUUUGAGGUUCAAUGGGAUCAUACUUGUGAGGUACUUAGAAAGCUUCUUGGCAGUAAGUAAGCACACAGUAGACAGCUGCUUAGCUAUUGUUAACAAUUCUUUAACCUCCGCUAACCCUAGCAAAGUACAUAACUCAUUGGAGAGUCAAGUUUUUUUGUUUAUGCUUCUUUAGGGAAAUGGCUGGAAUAGGAGUACGUGGGCAUCAACAGAGAUGUCUGCUGUUUUCUCUCCCAUGCUUAUACCCUGUGUUUGCUGUUGACACCAGUUAGCAGUGAAGACCCAACACGGCUUUGCUGUCAGUCAUGGAAAAGCAACAGGAAGCAGGUCAUUAGUGAUGUUGAUGACUGGAGGGAGCUAAGGAGCUAAGAAGGUGAAGGGAGGGUGGCAUCUGCCUGGCCUUGAUUGAAGCUGGGCUCAUUCUCCUUCGUAUGAGCUCCAUGGAUAUAUGCUGGUGUGGUAGCCUUGAGCAGUUCAGUGCUGAAGUUUUCUAAACUAACCCCUUCCUUCAAGUAUAUUUCUCCCAGGACCUGGCGUGGAAUUCCAGUUUCACCACUUCUUAGCCUUGUGCCUAAUACUGUAGGCUGCAGGGCCUCUACUAAUUUCCAGUAUGGAGAUGAUCUCUUAGCUUCUCCGCAGGGUUGGGACUAGGACUAAAGUGGGGAUAAUGUUGCGUCCAUUUUUGGGAGCAAAGCUCAUGGCAACUGCUAAAUGGUGCCCAUUAGCACUGCUUAUGUGAGCAGUCUUUCUGGUGAUUGCAGGAAAUCUAGAAAUGGGACAGCUUUCUGACAGCAGCCUUGCCCUUGCAGUGCUUUAUCUCAGAACAUUCUGGAGUGUUCUGAUGAACAUGUGCGAGCUGCUACAGCUCCUUGGUAAAGGGCUGUGAUAAGAGGUUGCCAGGGACUCUGCUGUAUCCGGCUCUCUAGAAGCCUCAGCAGGCUCUUCUAAUUCAGUGGGGAGUGGAGAAAUACUCUCUGUGUGGCCAGGAGGUAGAGUGCCUGGUGCAGGCACACCAGUUAAUCCCUCAGCCUCCUAGGCUUGGUGGGAAGCCUGCUGUCAGCAGGAAGCCACUCAUCCUCCAGAAGGGUAUGUCUGCCAAGGAUCUCAGGCCUUAUGUUUCAUUUAAAUUGAUCUGUGAGCCUGUCUGCCUGGCCUUUACUGGGACUGUUUCUAGAAGAAAAUUUUUCAAAACUUCACCAUUAUAUGGGUGAUAUUUGCUGAAGAUCUAUUAUAGAUACUCCUUAUCAGAAUCAGAUUGCUGAUCUAUUCCUUGAAUGACUAAGAUCUCUUACCAGAAAUACCUUUCUUUAUCUUGACACUGUGGACGGUCAGAGCACAGAAACACAGCUAAAGAGCGCUGAACAGAAGAUGAAACAGCCCAGCAAGAAGAGGAAGUUUAGCAUGGAUUCCCAAGAGCAUCUGGACCAGGAGCAAGCUGAAGAAGAGAAGCCUGUGGCUGGCGCGCCCUCUUUGAGUCAUGACCUUUCCAUGGUUGACCAUGAAGCGUGGUCUUGGGAGCAGUACCUGCAAGAACAGAAAGCAAUAGCAGCACCUGUUGAACUGUUUUCCAAGGAUCAGUCCUUUCCAGAAUAUGAAAAUGGUUUUCAAAUUGGAAUGAGAUUAGAAGGCGUUGAUCCCCGACAUCCGUCUGUAUUCUGUGUGCUUUCUGUAGCUGAGGUGUGUGGUUACCGUCUAAGACUUCAUUUUGACGGUUAUUUAAGCUGCUAUGAUUUUUGGACCAAUGCUGGUUCCCCUGACAUCCACCCAGUGGGGUGGUGUGAAAAGACCAAACAUGAACUUCACAUCCCUAAGGGUUAUAGAAAAGAUAAAUUUGUUUGGAUGGAUUACUUGAAAGCCUGCAAAUUGCAAAAUGCUCCCAAGAAAUUAUUCAGAAACAGAAGUUCUAAUGGGCUAACAUCUAAAGAAUUUCAAGUUGGAAUGAAGCUGGAGGCCAUCGACAGGAAGAACCCGUCCUUGGUGUGUGUGGCGACCAUAGCAGACAUUGUUGAAGAUCGCUUACUAGUGCAUUUUGACAAUUGGGAUGAUAGUUAUGAUUACUGGUGUGAUGUGAAUAGUCCCUAUGUCCAGCCAGUUGGUUGGUGUCAGGAGAAUGGGAGAACUUUGAUAGCACCUCAAGGUUAUCCUAAUCCAGAAAAUUUUUCCUGGACGGAAUAUCUGGAAGCUACUCAAACUCAUGCAGUUCCUGCCAAAGUUUUUAAAAUGAGAUUGCCUCAUGGUUUUCUGCCAAAUAUGAAACUUGAAGUUGUGGAUAAACGAAACCCCAGGUUGAUUCGUGUUGCUUCGAUUACAGAUGUUGAUGACCAAAGAGUAAAGGUUCAUUUUGAUGGUUGGGACCAUAAAUAUGACUACUGGAUAGAAGCAGACAGCCCUGAUAUUCACCCUAUUGGAUGGUGUGAUGUGACUGGGCAUCCCCUGGAAGUGCCAUGUAGAGCAAAUGAUGUGAAAAUCCUUCCAGGUCAAGCUGUUUGUCCUACUCCAGGGUGCCGAGGAAUAGGCCAUAUCCGUGGUCCACGUUAUUCAGGACAUCACAGUGCCUUUGGCUGCCCGUAUUCGGACAUGAACUUGAAAAAGGAGGCAACGCUUCAUGAUCGUCUGAGAGAACUAACACAGGCAAAUUUUGAAUCAGAGUCUUCACAUUCAAAACAGAAAAACCUCUGUAGUUUGAGCUUCAAUGGGAAACAUGAAAAGGUGAACAGUCAGCCCAGACUUGUACAGCAGGCAAAGAGUUUGAAAAUCAAAGGAAAAGAAGAUAUUGACUUGGAUAAUCUCUUCAGAGGAGUACAGUUGGAAUUUGUCUUACUAAUCUCGAGGUUUACAGAGUACUCAGCCGAGCAGACACAGCAGGCACUCCACCAGUCGGUCUUCAUGUCUUCCAUGUCGGCCCACCCUUUCCGGGACCUUCCCCUGGGCAGGGAGCAGCACUGCAAGCUGCUUCCAGGCGUGGCGGACAUCCAGGCCAGCCAAGUGGCCCGCUGGACGGUGGACGAGGUGGCUGAGUUUGUACAGUCUCUCCUGGGCUGUGAAGAACAAGCCAAGUGCUUCAGGAAAGAGCAAAUCGAUGGCAAAGCCUUCCUGCUUCUGACACAGACGGACAUCGUCAAGGUGAUGAAGAUCAAACUGGGCCCAGCACUGAAGAUAUACAAUUCCAUCCUGAUGUUCAGAAACUCCCAGGACCUCACCGAGGAAGACCCUGCCCUAGGCCAGAUCAGGGGGUAGCCGGCUCACUGAACAUGCAUGGGCCCGGUCAACAGGAAGUCUGGUGCCUCUUAAUUUGAUGUUGAUGUCUCUGGGGUCCUAUCUGCAUUUCAGCAGGGCCUUCCAAAGUGUGGUUUGUGUGUGCAGAGGACUUUGAUGCCUGACCUAGCACUAGUUACUCACUCGGGGACAAUGUGGGUUUAGGAAGGUCACCACCUCGGGGCGGGACUUCCCCUGCCCCCCAUGUGCUGCAGCAAGGGUGGGACCCCCACUUUAAUGUGCUGCAGCAAGCAAACCGGAGAAGCCCCACUCACACCUGAUUCUGUCCCUUGCCAUGAAAGAAGACCAUUCCCCAUUUGGCAAGCGUACAGCUCUCAAGUCUUCAAAUAGAGAAGUCAUCUUCAGGAAUAGGUGUGAAUGUUUUUACCUGAACCACAUCUGAGCGUGCCCCACAUCGGCCAUCUGGGUGCCACAGGUCCGAGAGUUGGAGGCCUGGUGCUUUAAAGGCAAAAGACUUCACAGGAGGUGUCUGUGUACUUUUCUCAGGAAGUGUGACUCUUUAAAGAUAACAGCAAUAACAAGCACAUGUGUUCAGGACUCCUUAAAUCUCCUUACUCUCCCAUUUUCCAUCUCCUGGUUUGCUCCCAAACCUAAGAGAGCCUAAAAGAAGUGGGAGAGUGGCCAGGGGUGAGGUGAGAACAGGCAGAGGGCAUCCAAAAGCCGUUCAUUUCUUGCUGAGCCCACACCACCAGCAGCGGGACCCAGGGACCCUGCCUUCACACUGGCAUUGGGCGGUGGGUCUGAAAUCUCCCUGGCUCCACUCCAAAGAGGUUGCAGGAGAACUGUUUCUCCCACUGGCUGUGGAGUUCGCAUUGCAGGGAGCUGUGUUACAUUGGGGCCUGUGCAUAUCUGUGAGAGGGAAGAUCUCUAAAGUAGGAGCUCAGUAUUGAUUCUUUGAAAAAUUCUGAUUUGUUAUCCAACCUUAUUUUUUUUGUUACAGGUGAUUCUAUCCAAGAUUUAAGUCGUGUGGAAUCAGUCCCACAAUUUUCAAAGACAAGUACCUCUUUGCUUACACUUCUCGGUCUUGUCACACAUAGUAACAGCUACCAAUGCCCUCAUGGGAGUGGACAGUCAUCACUUUUGAGGGGGAGGGAAAGGCAAUAGAUACAGAAAGACCCAGCUCUAUCCAUUUGCUUCAUUAAGAUGGUACAGUUUAAGAAAGUUGAUUCUGCUUCAAGAAUGUCUCCAAGUGUAAGUCCCUGAAGAAACGAUAGAUUUUCUCUCAGAGGUGUGCAUUAUUGAUUACAUGCCUUUAUAUCCUUACAGAAAUGGAAUUUUAAUAUAUUAUUGGUUGAUGUUUUGUUUCUGUGGAAUUUUGUUUGGUUUUGCUUUGCUUUUUGUAAACUGUCAUGUGCAACAAAAGUACCUGCUCUGCUGUGUUAAGAUUUUAAUAUAUUUUAAAUGAUAAUAAACAGAUAAAACC